CUCCCUCUCCCAUCUCCCUGCCCGAUGCUGUGCUAAUGCCUCCCCUGGGCUACUCUUGAAGGCCUGGCCCAGCCUGGAGGCCUUUCCAGGCUCUCUUUAUUAGUGUUGACUGCAGCUGUGGCUUGGGCAGGGAUAAAGGGGGUUCCUGGCCAGGCAAUACCUGUGCUUGCUCACCUGAGUGAGGUCAUAGCUCCUCACGGCCACCUGGGGCUCAGGGUGUUCCUACCCGCCCUUGCCCUGCUGGGGUGCAGCAUUGUCACAAGGUGUCCCCGGCCACACACAGGACUCUGGUCGCUGCCAGGCGUCUCCCGUGGUGCAGCCAUGAUUGGUUUAAAGUCUGCACAUAAUCACCCACCUGGCUGUGGGGCUCAUAAAACCUGCUGUGAAUUAGACAUCUACACCACUCUCAGCACCGCCAGCGCCGCCACUGCUGCCUCUGCCCAGCUGGCACUAUGGGCACCACUUCUUUCUUGACAAGAGCCCAGGCUCUGCUCCGCAUCCGGAACCAGCUGGUGCGGGAAUGCCUGGCUGAGGUGCUGGCCACCUUCGUGAUGAUGACAAUCACCCUGGCCAGCGCUGCACAGAAGAUCGCCUUCUAUGAGACGAAGGGGAAUAUCAUCACCAGCUACCUGGGAGGUGCCCUGGGUGUCAUGGCAGGCAUCUACACGGCAGGGGGAAUCUCUGGGGCCCACAUGAACCCAGCGUUCUCCUUAGCCAUGUGCCUGAUAGAGCAGUUCCCCUGGUGGAAGUUUCCCAUCUUUGUGGUUGUGCAGAUCUUGGGAUCUUUCAUAUCUGCUGGAGCUGUUUACAUCCUCUACUAUGACGCCAUCUGGCACCAUAGCAAUGGGACCCUUACUGUCUCUGGCCCCCAAGAAACUGCCUCCAUCUUUGCCACUUACCCUGCUGACUUUGUGUCUGUUGCCAAUGGCUUCUUGGACCAGGUGAUCGGCACAGGGGUGCUCAUAGUGGUUGUCAUGGGCAUCAUGGACCCCCGCAACAAGCCUGUCCCCAAGGGCCUGGAACCAGUGGUUGUGGCUCUCUUGGUGCUCUCCAUCGAGGUCUCCAUGGGGGCCAACUGUGGCUGCCCCCUGAACCCUGCACGGGACAUCGGGCCCCGGCUCUUCACUUAUCUGGCAGGUUGGGGCCCAGAGGUCUUCAGCAGGGGCAAUGGGUGGUGGUGGGUGCCACUGGUAGCACCACUGCUGGGGGCCGCCGUGGGCACGUACCUGUACCAGCUCUUUGUGGCUUUCCACUAUCCGGAGGAGGACAGCGAAGUCUUGGCAGAGCAGGGCUCCAUCGUUCUAGUCAACACCGCCAUCGACGCAGACAUUGGGAGGUCACCCAAGGAAAAGGACGCUGGGGAGACAGUGCCUGCCGAGAGCCGCCCCGCAAGCCAGGGCGCCGCCGGGGCCGCAGUCUCGGCCGGCCCCGCGGCCGCGCUCCGCCGCUUCCCCGCGCCCCCCACCUCACUUCCGCCGCCGACCGGCGCCGCCGCGGCCAUGGGGAGCUGA